AUGUUCAAGAAGAGAAAGAGGGGUGAGGAAGAGGGUGAGAAAGAGGCUGAGAAAGAGGUUCAAAAAGAGAAAGAGGUUGAGAAAGAAGAAUCCAAGGGAACUCCUACCUCUACCAGAGUAGAAGCUACUCAGACAGAGCAAGAAGCUAUUCAGACUGAGAUUGUUGAGAAAGAGGCUGAGGUUACUGAGAAAGAUGCUGAGUUAGCUGAGAAAGAGGAUCAAAAUGUGGAUGAAGAGGAGGAAAAAGCAGAGGAAAGUGAAGAUAAUCUUGUGGAGAGUCCCUCUGAGAAACAUGCUGAGCUAGCUGAGAAGUUAGUUGAAUCUGAUGUCGAUCUAGAUGUGGAGGAAGAGGAGGAAAAAGCUGAGGAAAUUGAAGAUAAUCUUGUGGAGAGUCCCGCUAAGAAACAGACUGAGCUAGCUGAGAAGUCAGUUGAAUCUGAUGUCGAUCUAGAUGUGGAGGAAGAGGAGGAAAAAGCUGAGGAAAUUGAAGAUAAUCUUGUGGAGAGUCCCGCUAAGAAACAGACUGAGCUAGCUGAGAAGUCAGUUGAAUCUGAUGUCGAUCUAGAUGUGGAGGAAGAGGAGGAAAAAGCUGAGGAAAUUGAAGAUAAUCUUGUGGAGAGUCCCGCUAAGAAACAGACUGAGCUAGCUGAGAAGUCAGUUGAAUCUGAUGUCGAUCUAGAUGUGGAGGAAGAGGAGGAAAAAGCUGAGGAAAUUGAAGAUAAUCUUGUGGAGAGUCCCGCUAAGAAACAGACUGAGCUAGCUGAGAAGUCAGUUGAGGUAGAAUUAAAGACUAAGCGCAAGCCUAAGGUCAAGGUCAUAGCAGUGCCGUAUGGCAUUCUCAGAGCUGAGAGACUAGCAAAAAUGAGAGCUGAAGCUGAAAAAAAGAAAGCUAGAGCUGAAAAAAAAGAAAGCUAA